GCAACAUGCUACAUUAUGUCUAACAAAGUACAAACAUGGCUUUGCAACACUUUCCAGUUUGUCUUCAAUUCUCUAAGCCGCCGGUGGGUGUCGCUAAAGCGAUGUGUUCAUGAAGUAAACGCAGAAGAAAGUCAAGUGAUUUUGCAGACGCGUUGGCCUGGCAACUACAGAAAUUCUUAUCAAGCGCUUGAAGGACAGCUCUACAUGGAAGAUGUCCCGACCAUGGUUCUGUGUAAGCCAAAGUUGCUCCCACUCAAAUCGGUCACCCUUGAGAAAUUAGAGAAGAUGCAGAUGGAGGCUCAAGAGGCCGUCAAACAGCAGGAACUGGCACUGAAGGAGCAAGUACAGCAGGUGCCCAGUUGAGGACUUGAAGCCAAAAAAAAUAUGACUUUUGAUGAAAAAGAGCACAUGUUCAAUGAUUUAAACACAGGCAAAAAAUAUUUUUGUAAUCAGUUAAAGAAACUUAAGUUAUAGACUAAGCAGAAGUCCAAAGUACUGAGUUUAAACGCUCUAGUUGUCAUUAUCAAAAAUAAUUCCAUUGGCAGUCAAUGUAAACGGUAUGAGUGGCUGCUUGUCAGAUUCUUGUUUUCUCUUAUUUAUUACUAUUUUAUAACAGUCUCUGUCAAGUUUUAUUGUAGCAAAUGUAGCUGAGCAGCUGUGAAACCUGUAGUGAGUGUUUUACUAAAAAUGACACAAUCAUAAUAAAAAUUGAAUACUUUGAUUUAAUCAAAAAAACAAGGAAAAAUUCUGUUGUCACUCCCUAAAUGCAAAAAUAAACAAUCUUUCAACCAUUA